UAAAUCCCUCCUCGCUUCUUAGUACGGAAAGCCUACUUUUGCGGUCCACCUGCGCCGCUGAACUGAUUCAGCUCGGAUCCCUCUGUCCCUUACCCCCUACACACUUCAUGCUUGCACCAUCUCAUUUUCACCUUUACUGAGCGCCCGCGGUCUUGUGUCUCUCGGUCUCCGCGCUAACAUUUCUAAUUCGGUGGCUCGUAGGGGGCAAACCCCAGGCUCUGCAGCCGGACAGAGCCAACAUCGCCCGCGCCAACCGACCAGCUCACGCAGGCAGCUGACCAGACCAGCGGGGCCGGCUCCGGGCGGCCUCGCCCCUCCUUCCGGUCCCGGCGGCGCGCGUGGUCACGUGGCUGGAGGGCGGCGACGCGCGCGGCGGGGAGGCUCGGCGCCAGAUACCGUGUUUUUCCUUAUGUUAAAUACGGCAUCUGGCUGAUGAGCAGGGUGGUGAGGCCGCCGAGUGAGGCAGAGGUGCCGACCUGGGAAACCGAGGACGAUGACAUGGCAGAAGGCGACUUAGGGUAUGGCCUCGGGAGAAGGCCCAGCAGUAUUUAUGAAGUGCAAGUUUCACAUCUGUCUACAUCUAGAAAAAGAUCGGAUGGAAAGAACUUUAGCCCUCCCCCCUUUCCAGGAACGAGGGAAGAAAGAAGUGGUGCCAUUUUUCAGUAUUCCAGGCAUAAGAGCUCCCAAGAUACACACCCUGAAGAGUCCAGCACUUCCCACCACAGACGACAAAGUAGCACUGAUUCUAAUUCAGAAUUGUCAAAUGUCGAAUUAAAGCAACGUCUUCAUCAUACUUUAGAGGAGGUAGAAAUUUUAAAAACUGAACUUGAGGCGUCUCAGAGACAACUUGAGGGUAAAGAAGAAGCACUGAAAAUUCUUCAAAGCAUGGCAAUAUUUGGCAAAGCCACAAGUCAUACUCAAGUGAUGCUUCAAAAAACUAUGGAACAAAAGAGAUCCUUGGAGAAGGAAAUAAAUGCCUUGCAAUGGGAAAUAGAAUUUGAUCAGAAUAGAUUUAAAAAUAUAGAAGAAUCAUGGACCCAAAAAUAUGACAGGCUAAACUGUGAAAAUGCAGUCCUCAAGGAAACUCUGAAUGUGAAAACAGAAGAAAUUAAAAUGCUGAAGUCGGAAAAUGCACUUUUAAAUCGACAGUAUUUGGAGGCCCUCGCCAUGCUGGAGAUCAAACAGCAGAUGGCAGCUCAGGAACACAAGUGCCGUGAUAAAUGUGGUUUUACAGAGGUUUCAGGUCUUGAGCUUGCUGUCCUUGGAGCCUGCCUUUGCCAUGGUCCUGGAGGGAGUCCCUGUGCUUGUGCCAAAAUGGCAGCAUCGGCUCGGAAAAUGCUUCUUAAGCUCAAACAGGAGUUGGGACUUUUGCAGAAGAGUAAAGAAGAAGCUUACAUAAUGGCAGAUGCAUUCAGAAUUGCAUUUGAGCAACAAUUGAUGAGGAAAAAUGACCAGGCACUAAGAUUGACACAAAUGGAUAAAAUGUGUAAAAAAGCAACAAAAUGGAUAAAUUGGAAGCACCUUAAGGAGGAUGUUUUAGGAUUACCAUCACAAGGAAGUAAGAAGACCUUAGGGCAGAAACUGUUGGGUAUGCUCCCUUCAGAAAACAGUUCUAAGAAGACUGAAGACCAGGAUAAUCCUCAGGAAGUCUUUAAGAUGCUAACAGAGUUGUUGAAUGACAAAGAAGAAGCUUUGGCUCAUCAAAGAAAAGUUAGUUACAUGCUUGCUCGGGCAUUAGAAGAGAAAGACACCAUCUCAAAUGACAAUAAGGAAAAAAAUCUUGUGAAAGACAAUUUUCCAUUAAAAAAUGCAUGGGGGAAAGUUUCAGAAUUCCCUGUACCGCAUGAUCCUGUGUUUUCAAGUGUUCACAUUUUAAGUUCUGCGGGCUGUCUUUGUUCAAUCCAGCACCCUCACAGAGAUCAGCACUACACAAGAACUCUCAAAAGAUCCUGUUCUUUGCCAUCAAAUAUCAUGUUUUGAAGAUAUAUCAGUUGAAAUCAGACCUGAGAGCUGUUUAUAUUAUGAUACUUUAAAAAAGGACUGUACAAAUGUUGCUACAUCUUCAGAAGUUGUAUGUUUUAUGGGUAUUUCUAAGUUUUAGAAGGUAGCUUAAAUACUCAAAUGUUUUCUACAAGAAAUUUAUUAAUAUUCUGUGCUGAUGGAUUUUAUAAAUUACAUUAGUAUGCUUUAUUAAAUUUUCAGUAUUUGCCAACAUCUUAAAAACAAGAAAGUGAUUUCUGAGAAAAAAAAGUUAUUAAACUAUUUUGAUUGACUAAAGGGAUCUUUGACUUAAGCAACAAUAUAAAUUAAUGCUCUAAGAAAUAACAAUGCCUAGGAGUGGCUGCAUGAUAAUUUUUGAAAUACAUGUAUCUUGUUUUAUUGCUAUUUUUCAGGAUUUUCAUUUGCCAGAGAAAGGUUACAACUAGUAAUUUCCUUAAGUUAACUUCAAUAAAAAAGUUAUCAUGGUGGGACUUUGGCAGAAGUAUAUUCAAAGCAUUGCUAGUUACCUUUAUAGCUUCUUUUUUUGUUGGUGUGAUGACACUUUGGAGCCAGAACUGUGCAGAAUUCUAGCACUUACACCAUUCUUUGGUUUUGAUGCUGAAUUUUAAGGUAUUGCAUAAAAUCUUUAAUACCUUCUGGGAAUGUUGCUAUAUUAGUAAUAUCACAAUUAUGCCAAAGGAAAUGCAUUACAUUGUCAGAAGUUUUAGAAGUUUUAUAAAACUUUAGUUAUGAUCUCUAGUAAAAAAAAACAAAACAAAAGAUAUAUGGCUACACUGAAUACUACUUAUAGAUGAGGUAACAACAGGUAAAAUGAAGUAACAAUAUAAAAUAGAAACCAUUUAUAGUUGUGUUAAAGCAAGAACAUUUAGUUGCCUUUAAUAAAUAUUAAUAAAAGAUGAACUUUGGCAAAUAAAUUUUGAAAAAAGGAGUAAUGAUGAGGAACUACUGUUACUAGACACUAAAUUGCAUUGUCCUGGUAGUAAUAUAAAGCUACAUUAUUUAAAAUAGUGUGGUACCAACAGGUCAAUGGAAUAUGAUAAAGAGUAUACACAGAACUAAUACAUGUAAUAACAUAUGAAAUAAAAGGUAAAGAAAGCAAAGAUUUGGGCAUGUUCAAUAAUAUCUAAGUGUAAAAAACAAUAAAAGCUAGAAAUGUUCUUUUUUAA